AUGAAGGUCCUCAGCCUCAACUUCCUGACAUGCGCCGCCAAGGCAUGCAAAAGCUCCUCCGACUCAUAUCCUCUUCACCCCAAGGACGCCGAACUCGUUCAGGAUGAAAUCGAACUCAAUCCCGAUAUGAUUAUCAAUGUGCUGCCCAGACUGGACUGGGCCGCAUUACGAACUACGUCAUCUGAACUCGGCUUCCCUGCCCUUCCUGAGCAGCCUCCUACCGCGGAGGAGCUGCAGGCUGAUGAGAAGACGUUGAGAGAUUUGCACCACUUGUUGCUGGAGACGCAAAUGUCAGAGGGGAAGUUGGUGUGCGCCAAUUGUGGACACGAGUACGCCGUGAAGGAGGGCAUUGCCAACUUUUUGCUGCCAAGCCAUAUGGUUUAG